AGGAGCCGAGUUGGGAAGCCUUGUGCCCUCAUAUCUGCACUUUUUAAACUUUUCCUUUGUUGUUGUGUUGUUGUUGGUUUGUUUUUUUUCUCCCAAGGUUUAUCCAUUUUCCCCUUCAUUUAAUCUAUGUAUUUUCGAUCCUUCCCUUUUUCUCCCCUGGGAAUGAGAAGUGCGGGCAAGCAGGAGUCUAAAACUUAGUUUCUCGUGCAAAAUUCAACCACUCAUUGGGAAUUGGCAUUUUCUCAUUAAAAAAAAAAAAAAGCCAUUGCUUUUAAAAACUAAAAUAAACCCCUUGUUUCAGCACAGGGGAUUCAAUGUGGGAGAGGGUUUCCCUGCUGUGGGUUGUUUCGGCCCUUCCCCAGCCCCUUAGGUGGGCUCCGGGGUUGGGGUGGCACCAGCGGGACCGAGUCCCUCCGUCCCGGCGAGAGCCGACGUGCCGGGCGCCGUGGCAGAGCGUGGCUGUCGGCGAGGCUCCUGGCCACCCGCUUGCUCCCGGCAGCCUUUUAUCUGCCGGUGGCCCGGUGGAGCUGCCGGCGGGGCUGUCGGCGGGAGCCUGAUUGGCUCGGCACGGCCUCGCCGCCGCUUCCAGGUUGGCGUUCCUCCUCCCGCAGCCCAGGUAAAGCCUUCCCGCGACCCGGCACCUGGCCUCCCAGGAUUAGCAACUCGCUCCGGCUCGCCUCUGCCUUCAGGUUUUUUUUUUUUCCCUUUCCCCUCCCCUUCCUUCCCCCCCCCUUUUCUUUUUUUUCUUUCUUUUUUUUUUUUUUUGUAUUAUUUUAAAAUAAGAUUUGAUUUUCCCCCCGGGGGAGAGGGCACGAGGGGCGCAGGAGGAAUGAGCAGCGGGCUGGUGCUGCGCACCCCGCUCCCCGAGGACGCCUCGGCGUUUACGCCGCUGAAGCCCGUCACCAUGUCGGGGGAACCCGGCGAAGACGCCCCCGUCUUUGAGGACAUCAAACCCCCCGCCCGGCCCCUGGAAAACCCGCCCGACCUGGCGCAGCUGCACCCGAUGAGGAUGGAACAGCGGAUGCCGCCGCUCAUUCUCGAGGCACGGUCUGAAAUGGAUAAGUACCUUUCAAACGAGGUGCCGCCCAUCCCAAUGAUACCAGACAAGAAGUACCGCCGGGAGAGCGCCUCGGUGGUGGAUGAGUUCUUCUCCACAGAGAAGCCCACUUCUACGCCGUACAGCGUGAACAUCAACGUGAUUCUGCCAGACACGACGCACCUGCGCACUGGACUUUACCGGCCACCCAAACCCAUGACGCCAUUCCCACAGAUCAAAACAGAGCCUGGCACCAGCUUCGCCCAGCCCUGCUCUUCUGCCUCCGGCCCCACACAGACCCUGCCCGACUUCACCAGUGUCUUCAGCAUGCCCCAGUCUGUGGCAGUGAACAACAUCUUCAUCAAGCAGGAGAUGCCCCCUGAGAUCCCCUUAUCCACCAAUCCACAGCAAUCCCAGCUUUACCAGAUGCCUCUUGGCAGCGGAAGCGCUGACAUGACCACUCUGACAUCCUCCUCCAACAGCACCACAGCCAUCAACAGCCUCACUGGUGUCACCAUGUCCACAGGUAACACCAUGUCCAGCGUGGUCCACAGACCGGUCCAGCCAGGAGGGCCACUUAAGCAGUACCCGCAUGUCUCCCAGGGACAGGGAAACUUCAACAUCUCAGGGCAGUUCUACGCUGUUCCAGGGGUGAACCUGCCCCCUUCGCCCCCCAACUCACAGCCCGGCAGCCCAGAAAAUCAACCCGAGCUCAUCAACACCAUCUCUCCCCCACCAUCCUAUGAAGCCACUUUUGGACUGAAGUUGGUCCAGUCAUCCCAGGUCCCUCCAGUCCCCAACGGCCUUGGGACCCUCUCCCAAGGGCACAUUGCCAUGCAGCCCCCAAAAUACAACAGACGCAACAACCCUGAGCUGGAGAAGAGGAGGAUCCAUCACUGCGAUUACCCAGGUUGCUCAAAAGUUUAUACCAAGAGCUCCCACCUGAAGGCACAUCAGAGGACUCACACAGGUGAGAAACCCUAUAAAUGCACGUGGGAAGGCUGCGACUGGCGCUUUGCCCGCUCCGACGAGCUGACCCGGCACUACCGGAAGCACACGGGCGCCAAGCCCUUCAAGUGCAUAGCCUGCGGCCGGUGCUUCUCCCGCUCCGACCAUCUGGCUCUCCACAUGAAGCGGCACCAGAACUAGGAGCCGCCUACGUUCGCCACUUCUCCAAGAGCAGCUGAAACUCUUUUCCUUUUCUGAGGGGCCUCUCCUCUUCUCGUGUGUAAGAACAAACCCAUGCUGUGAUCAACCGGCGGGGCAGGAGUGGCGGGCAAGCCCCCUCUGCAAGCCCAGUCCCCAGCUGUUUCUGGUUUUAAAAGAAAAUUCAUUAAAAAAGAGUUAUAAUUACAGACUGAUCUCAUGACGAGGCUCCCAGCGGCACUGGGGCGAUGGACCUUGGAUUCCAAAGGGCUUUCUUCCAGCAAACCUGCUAUUUAUUUGUCACUCAGGAGCAACUGUCCUUCGUGCCUCAAACUCUUUGGGAUUUCUUUUGUACCCCUUUCAGGGAGGUGCCUUUGGCGAGCCCGAGGAGGGUCGUGACGGGUUGGUAGCCUGGCUGCACGUGAGAGGUCUCACUUCAAACCGUCGGCGCAAUCCUCCUGGACUGCCCCACGGCGUGGCCGUGGCCGUGGCACCUCUGACGUGCGAGAACAGGAGCGUGUGCCCAGGGCUGCUUGGGUCGACAAUCCCAGUCUCUGUGGGGCGUAGAAGGGGCCUAUAGCAUACUCACCUGUCGUGCCUUCAAGCAAGGGACAGCACAAAAGCAGAUGAGAAAAGCCAUCGUCUGUGUCCCGUUGAGCCCACCUGUGGUUUCCUGGCUGCCAGCUCACUCGGGGCUGCGAGUAUCUGCCCCGCUUGGCCAGGUUUUUUUUGGUUGUGUCCUUAGCAUUUCUGCUUCCAAGAUGAAUUUUGACUUCAGGUGUCUCUGGGAGGACUAGCAUGGACCUUGAAGCCACCCAGGGGACUGCAAAAAAGCCACUGAUAAAGCUCUGGUUUCCCAGAAUACAACGUGCCUUUCUCCAAAAAAGCACUGGCCGGGCUCUUCUCGUGCCUUGCACAUGCACACAGGGACUCAGUCAUCGCCAAUCACACUGUUCUUUUGCUGUUGCCAUUUCAUCACGUUCAGACAGAAAUGAAAAAAAAAGAAAAAAAAAAAAGCAUCUUUGAAACAAAUUCCAAUAAAUCCUGCUGUUCAGAUUGUAAUCAUGUUACCUACCUCACAGGUUCACCGCCUCGGGCUCCGUAAGGCACCUUCCCUCCUCUUCCAUGCGGUGCCAUGACGCGUGGGGCACAUCAGCCAUUCUUCAAAGUCUACCAGGGGUUAAACUUAGGCAGAACAAGAACCAGGCCAUGCCAGUUUAAACAGCAGUGUGCAGGUAAAAAAUGAAUCAGGAACAAAUAACGUACCCGCUGCAUUCAACAGAAUAUCGAUUUCCCCCACCCCGUCCUCCCCUUUUAUUCUUCUUUGAACAAAUUUAAGUAACGCGUGGACUGAUGUGCGUCUGCAGCGUGAGCUGGAAGGCCACGCUGAACCCUGGCAUCUUCAGGCCGCGGAAAUUUGAAGGCCACCCCUCUCUGCUAUUGCUCACCUGCGCAUUAGCCAAAAACCGCGGCUGGGUUCCUCGUUGUCCUUUGCCUUCAAUAAACAGACCCUGGGGCACACGUGGCUGGUCUGGCGUGACAGGAGAGGAGGGCAGGAAGGAUCUGGAGGGGGCAGCGUGUGGCGCGGUGUAGGCUUUGGGAUGGAUGAUGUGCCGGGUGCUGGUGGUGCAGCGAGCCCUUCCUGUGGCUCUUUGGCUAGAAGCCUCCUCCUUUCUCCGUGCCACCAGGGAGGGUGGCAAUGGAGGGGUGAAGUCAGGCCACCGAUUGCUGGGAGCCGGCUUGGGUGACUUUCCCCGGCGGUGUGUGGGAAGGGCUUUCCAGACCUCAGCACUAGGGCCUUUGCCUGGCUGCAGGGCUUGAUGACACCGUGUUCAAGUGAGGAUUGGAGAGUCUGCCUUAUAAAUCAGCUUUUGCUGACCACGUGUAUGUCCUCCACAUCCUUUUUCCAACUUUCAUCGCUUGUCGUCACAGCUCGCUGGGGAUCGGUGGGUGCUGGAGCAAAUGGGCUCAUUUACCAUCUACCUUGUUGGCUUUGGGGUCUGGCUCCUCUUCAGGGCACAGAGCAGGAUCCUGCCAAUGCCACUGCUGUGACCUGGGCCCCUUCUUUUUCCUGCCUCACCUCGGGGGUCCGGCUGAGCCAUAUGAGCGACUAGGGCAUGCAGUGCCCUUUCCCGUCCCCCCGAAAUGGGGGGGUAGGAGUGGUGCAUGACCUGAAGACUCCAUGCAGGCGUCAGAUUUACCUCUUGCUUCUGCUCAGAGAUGGGUCUAGAGAGCCUCAGGGAAGGCCUCUGAUUAUGGAAAAACCCCUCGGAAAGCGGCGGGGGUGCAGGGUGUAGGAGCCUGCGUGUCUGCCGGGACGGGCAGGUUGAGCUCACGCCAAAGGAAUUUCAGGGUAGCGUGGAGAUACCUCAGCCAGUCCCCGCUGGUGUCUCCAGGAAGCUCGGUGGGGCUGGUGGGGACCCAACGCGGCCGUGCUGGGACCUGCUGGGCUCCACCCCGCUGGCGCCCGUUCAGCUCCUUGUCAGGUGAGCCCUGGCACGGCCAGCCUGCGGCACCGUGGUCCCCGUGCUCCCCCGGAGGCCGGCAGCCCCCGGAACCUGCAGCCUCCAUGCAGGAAGAUGUUUUUUGGGUUUUUUUUGUGCUUUUUUUUUUUGUGCAUGAGGUUGGACCUCCUAAACGUGUGAGCCAAACUACAGGGCACAGGGGCGACCCAGCCACCGCAUGUGCCGUCGGGCUGGUCGUGGGGUUAGCCCUCACCCGCGACCCUCGCAGAGGGAUCUCGUUUCCCCCCCCUCAUUUUUUUUCUUUUUUGGAGGGGGAAACCUCUGCUUCCCUCCAUCUCUCCCUGCCGUGCUGAUGGGGCCCAAAACCUGUUCGCUGAAAACCAGCACAAAGCCAAAACAACCAACAGGCAGCUUUAAAUCUUAGGGAAAUUUUAAAUAAUUUUCCUCAUGAUCUUGUUUUUUUUCACUACAGAAAAAGUACAUCUGCUCCUCCUCACCUAGACUGCGCGUGUGUGUAUAUAUAUAUAUUUUUAUUUUAUUUUGGUUUUUAUUUGAUGGGGGGGCAGAGGAAGAAGUGUCUUACCAAAAACCCACCCCAGCCCAGUACUGCUUCCCAGGCAGCACCACUGGUCUGCAUGCAAAACGCUGACAUGCAAAUGCUUUACUAGUGCAAAGGCAACGCUUUGAAAAAAGAAAAAAAGAAGUCUGAAGGAAAACCACAAUGGUUUUUGUACAGAGAGCUGCUGCAGGCCUGAACUUUGAGGCAGAGAGCGUUAGAUGGUGGUUUCAAAGACGUGAGGCUUUGAGGAAAGUUUGUAUGGUGUAACCCCCUUCUUCCUCCUGCUGCCCCCACACCUGUAUGAGCAGCAACACCUUCCGUAGGAAUUUUUGGCUAUUUCUCUAUUUUUGCGCGUACAGAAGCCUCUAGCCCCGCAUUUCACUGCACCUCUCGGUGGCCGAGGGCAGAUGUUCCCCACGGAGAAAGCCCGGGGGAGACGGGGAGUGAUGCUGUCGGAGCAAAAACCCCCUCUUCGCUACGUGAGGGAGGGCUCGGAGCCGAGCGAUGUAGCUGGGGGCGUGCGAACCCCGGCCGAAGGGAGAUGCCUCCGUCCCCGCUGCCCGGGGACACGUGGGUGACGGGGACGCUGGAGAAGGUCUGCAAGCCCAGGAGGUUUUGCGAGCCUGUGCUUGGUGCAGAACAAACGCAGUCUGGCUGGGAGGCGGGAGCCUCGUCUCUGCCGCGCCUGUAUCAUAGCGGGGGGAAAAAAAUAAUCGAUGUAAAUAAGAAAAGAGCACUGUAUCGCUUCGCGGGUCUGUGUGGAUUGAAAGUGAUCGUUUACUGUCCGAGAUGAACACAAUGUGAAAAAAAAAAAAAAAAAUUGGGACCUGGAAAACUUGGGUGGAAGGUUUGUUUUUCUGGUGAUGCUUUUUUGUUUGUUACAUAACCCCUUCCCCUUCCCCCCCGCCCCCGAAACUCCCCUACGACUAUUAAUCUAUCUCAUAUUUUGUAAUAAAAUUUUAUCA